AUGAGCCAGUGUCAGGUGGGGUUCACCGACAAAGGUUACAGAUGCGUCUGCCAAGAAGGCAAAGAAGACCAAUGUUACGGAGGUAUAUAAUAGACCACUCCAGAAAUACCAUAGCAUACCAUAAUGCUCUUUGUUUGUCACUCCAAAAUUUUGCAUAAGCAUUGUCUUCAGUUUCUCUUGGGAGUUAAAAUGGCCCCAAGAGAAACUGAAAACAAUGCUUAUGCAAAAUUUGGGGUGACAAACAAAGAGCAUUAUGGUAUGUCAUGGUAUUUUCUGGAGUGGUCAAUGACAACAUGCAGUGAUUAUAGAGACUCUUGGGCCAUCGUAGUUUGAUCAAAAAUAAAACACAAACAGCGGUGAUAAACAUUGUGAGUUUUCGCAUUUUUAUAAACUUGACGUUUCGUAUGCUAUUCAACAUACAUCUUCAAAAGUGAUCUUAAGUGACCGUUAAAGAAAAUGACGACACUAUACAAAAAAUUACAAAAGGUCUGGAAAUGAGAUUAAGAAUUUAAAAAUUCCUAACAGUAAUAAAUACAAAAGGCAACAGCUACUAAAACAUCAGCUCUUCACUGCUGAUGUUGACAUUAAAAGCCCGCUAAAUAUAUAGUCUCGUCAUUUCCUUAAACGGUCACCUAAGAUCACAUUUGAAAAUGUAUGUUGAAUAGCAUACGAAACGUCAAGUUUACAAAAAUGCGAAAACUCACAAUGUUUAUCACCGCUGUUUGUUUGCGUGAGAGUGUGUGUUUUUUUUAAUGCAGUGAUUAGUUUUGUUUGUUUGUCUGCUUUGAUUGUUCGCAGGGUACUUGCCCCUGCGUAAGUCAAGGUUGUGAUAAAGAUAAUCAUGUCUCAUAAUAAAGCAAUCAAUUAGCUCGAGAAAACAGAAUUUCACUAAUCUGCUUUAUUGCUAACACAGAAUGUGAACGGGCUCUGGGCAUGGAAAACGGCGCCAUUUCCGAUCACCAAAUCAGUGCGUCCUCCGAGUAUGAAAAGAUUAUGAAUCAUAAGGCGUUUCAAGGUAGACUGCACUUUGAAUCAACUCCGAGUGAAGCUGGUUCAUGGUCUGCUGAAAUAACUAUUGCUGAUCAAUGGCUCCAGGUUGAUCUGGGUACUCCACACACACGUAUCACAGGUGUAGCAACACAAGGCAGAACUGAUAUGAAUCAAUGGAUUACGAAGUACUAG